AUGAACGAUCACGAUCGCUUUAGCCAGUCAUCCUAUGGCGACCCGAGAUACCUAUCGUCCGCAUCUUACGAGGCCCCUCCGGCGGCGCCUCCAGCCAAGGUUCUCAUGGACGGCUACCGUGAGGCCUUGGAGCCCCAAUAUGCGGAGAAAUUGCGAUACGAUCCACUCAAUCCGACCCAGCCACGAAGCCCAGCUUUGCUGAACGCCAACGAUCCCGUCGCCAUGUACCUACUCACUGAAACCGCCAUGGGGGACAGCAUGAAUUAUGAGAUACUGUCUUUGGAGGAGGUUGAGGCUUUGAAGAAAGAGUACUCCUUUCUGUCCGGUCGCCUAAACGCAACCAAGCGGAAAUUAGCCCUGGAAAUGAAACUGCGCGACGCGGCUCUGUCGCUCAGCAGACUAUACAACUCAACAAGCCGCAGGGCCAGCGAAGAAUACCAUGCAGGAAUUUCGCCAAACUCUCAUCGCAGUCACAGAAAUGAGUUCGGCGCUACAGGCACUUUGGACAAAACAGACGAGGAACUGGCAGCGAGCACAAGAAAGUGCGAGGAGCUUGCUCACGAAAUCUGGAAGUGGGAACGCAAGGCACAGCACGUACGCCAAAGGUUAUUGGAACAUACAGCGGGUGUUCUACAGAUGACACAUAAGGGGUUGAAGAAGAACAUGAGGAAUGUCCCACAUACCCCGGAGAGCCUCUCCAGCCACAACACCCGCGGCAGUGUCGACGACUUUGACGACAGAAGCUUGUACAAAACGUCAGACAAUCUUGAUGGGCCAGCUGCUUCCGGUAGCCAAGAGAUGAUUGGAUUUGAAGUUAUUGGGGAUACCGAGAGAAGGCUGGAAGCUUUGAGUGAGAGGCUGCGCGACAUGGUUUUAAAGCUGCAACCCGGGAGCGACUAUGAUUCGAUUCCCCGAACUUCGGAUGGUACGACAUCGAUCAAUCCCACAGCGACAGUCGAAGCGCUCCUCGCUUAUAUUGAGCGUGGUCUGAAUAUAAUCGCUGCAAAACCAGCUGAGACGCCGCGUGCCUUGGAGUUGGAUCACGGUACGGAGAACCAUUUAAUGAAAAUCAACGCUCGACUACACCACAUUGUGGGGCAAUCUGGAUUGUCUCGCUCACAAUCACUCUCUCCUCCCCCGGAAUCGUCAGGGAAUGGGCUACAAGCACAUUUCGAGUACCUGAAUCUUGGUAUUGAUGACCUUCACAGCCAGAUUGAGAAACUCCUUGAACAGAAGAGCAUCUUAACCACUCAAAUUCAGCAACAGCGGGAAUUGAAUUCCAAAUCGGAUGCCGAACGAGAUGCACACAUAGCCGAUCUGGUUGAGCAAAUCGCUCAUAUCCGCAAAGACCUCGAGCUGUCUGAGCAGGAGGGUCAGAGAGCAAAGGACGAACUCGACCUGGCAAUCAAGCAACUCGAAGCUCUGCGUCAGGAACUCAACGACCUUCAACAGAACAAGAGCGUUGCCGAAGAUCACGCGAGCGCUUUGGCCUCCGAAAAGGAAGCCCGAGCGCACGCAGAGGCGGAAAUGUCACGCCUACAGGCUGUCAUGCAGGAGCUUCAGCAGGAGAGGGAUGCUCAGGCGGAAGCUCAUGAAGCCCGUGUGCGGGCUGAACACGAGGUCGCUCGUCUGGAAUCUCAUCUCGAACAGCUUCGAUCCGAAAGCGCCUCUCAAACAGAGGAACUCACUGCCGCUCGCUUGAACGCAGAUAGUGAGAUCACACGUCUGCAGAGCGUGGUUGAUCAACUUCAUCAGGAGGCAAACGCCAGAGCGGAAGAAGCUGCCGAGGCCCGGGACCGAGCCGAACAACAAGUGCUGCAGCUGGAGGAGACCCUGCAGCAAGUUCGCAACGAUGCUGACGCACGGGUCAAGGAAGCCCUAGAUUCUCGCGUCGAGGCGGAAGGCGAAGUCUCUCGCCUGGAAUCUUCGAUACAACAGUUCCGCGCGAAUAUGGAGUCACAGAUCAGAGAAGCAUCUGAGGCACGCGCACACGCAGAAGAGAGUGCGACUCGGCUGCAGGCUGAAUUGAGUGAGAUGGCCAGCGAGGUUUCUCGGCUGCAAGACGCUAUGGAAAAGCUUCGCACUGACAUGGAGUCCCGCCUUAGAGAAGCAGCCGAGGGACGCACAAACGCAGAACAGAGCGCGAGUCGCCUGCAGGCUGAAUUGACAGAAAUGGAAGGCGAAGUGGUCAGGGUACAGACAGAACUGACAAUGGCCAAAGCGGAGCUCGAUGGUGCUUACGGUAGCAGAGCCCAACGAGCAGCAGAGGUGGCCGCCAAUCCGGCUAUCCAGAAGGAACUUGAUGCCUUGAACACUAGAAAUCUUGAGCUUGCGGAGGAGCUCGCAGCCCUCAAAUCCGGAAAGCCUGGUAGUAGCGAUCUGCAGCAGCGAGUGCAGAUGCUGGAAAGGGAGCUCCGGGAAACUAUUGACGAUUAUGAAGUGAUGACCAAGGCCAGCAUCGAGUUCGAGAAAGAGCGUGAGAGGUACGAAGGCAUGAUUGACGGUCUACGUGACCGCUGCGAGCAAUUGGAGACGCAGCUCAAUGAGGAGCGAAUCAACUGGAUGGGUAUCAACAAUGCAGUGGGACGAGAUGGCACGUAUGAGACCACUUCUACAAUGGUCCUGAAGAAUGAAUUCAAGAAAAUGAUGCGUGACACUCGCAUCGAGAACAUGAAGAUCCUCAAGGCGGAACAAGAAGAACGAAGACGACUGGAGACUCUGGUUCGAAAUCUGAAGAAAGAACAAGCAGCAAGCACUGGCAAGUCGAGUCUCAGCCACAGCGUCACGGCUUUAUGA